ACAAGGGUAUUGGGGCGUGUUGACUGCAGUGUCAUCAAUGAUGGAAUGGAGCUGGGCAGCGGAGAAGCUCUGGAGCAGACUGUGGAAAACAGCCUGGAUGGUGUCGUCAGGAGGGGCCAUGUCGUUGUGGUCGAUCAUGGUGAUGAAGUGAAAGAAUAAUUCGAGGUUUCUUUAUAACGGAGAGGAGAUAGGUUGGGGAUGUGAAGUCGAUGAAGACGAUGAAGGCCGCUUGCUGGGGAAACGAUGGGUAGGGAAGCGAGGAAGGAUGGGUCCUUUUAUGAUCUGGGGAUAGGAUGGGAUGGAUGCCACAAUCUUGGACGAGUAUCGGAGCAAGCCAUGAAACCGCGAUAUAGGGAAGCGACAACAGCACCAUUCAAGUCUGAGCAGGGCAGGGCAGGGUGCAAAGGUGGUGGGCGGCGUGACCAGGUUAGGUCCCUGCCUAUUGUUAGAUUUCAAGCCAAGUACAGUACCUCGAAGAGUCAGACUGUAUGAAUGGAUGUAAGUGGAGUGAAUAGCGCCACCGGGAUCAAAUCGAAGUGCUUGACAGUAACCAGCCGAGACCAGGGGGAUUGCCCUACCAGAUGGACAAUGGGCGAUGUACUAUACAGAGCGUGCCAGCGAAUGACUUGACAGGGCUGACAAGGGCAGUUAGGGGCAAUCAAACCCCACAUUGGAUUCCAGUCGGACAGGUUUCCUGUACUCGUAUGAAUGUGGCUGCCGGUACAGUACAUGAUCAGCGCACACUUGGUGUGUGAUCUGGGAUAUGUGUUUGCGGCGAACCUUCUAGGCGGGAGUCGGCCCACUGGCCACGCCUUUUUGCUGCAAAACAGACACCGUAAGCCACUCACCAUUACGAAGCCUAUUGCAUGAGGUCUUUGCAAAACUCGAAACCCAAAAAAGACAGCUGUCAGUAGUGCUUGGAAUGUGGGUGGCCGCAGUCAUUGGCCGAAACGGAGUUCCAACUUCCAUUCUCACCACGCAAGGUUGACACUAGCCUGUCCCCUGCGUGGCGCCAAUGAAUGGACAAAAUCAGGCUCUCAUCAGGUGUUCUGUCCAAUAGAAGACAGUAAAGAACGUAACCAUCCCAAAGCGGAAUAGGUGUCACAAUGUUUGCUCAAGGUGGCUGAAAGAACAGCAUUUGGCGCCGACAGAGACCACCAUCUAGCGCGUGGCUGAAUUGUCUCCGACUGGCUACCACACCACUAGACGAGCAUGUUGGCCAAUCACUACCUAUGGGGCGCUAGAAACCGAUGUUUCAGGAGACUGCUUUGCUAGGCGAUCGUUUUCUUCGUAAUGUGCUGCUGUCUUGAUGGGGGCCUUUUCCCACGGCGUGGCCCGCGCGCGCACGACGCCAGCAUCAGAUUGCCGCUAGAGCAGCUACACAAAUGGAAACCCCCAGUAUAGCAGAGCAUACCAACUUGGAAUAAAAAAGUAACACUGUGUCAAAAUACAGGUGGCCCCAACAGUCCGACACUCCGCGGCUCCUCCGUGACCCAUGAAAGGAGGAGGAGGAGGGCAGAAGCAGCGGAGCUAUCAACGGACUUGAGACUACCCACGCCGCCUUUGCGCGUCGAUUCUAUUCGCGACCGCCAGGUUCUUGCUCUUUCUACGGAGCUGAAGAUGCACGUACAUGGUCCAAGCGCUGAAUGGUGUAUUCAUGGGACGGUGGACUGGGCGAGCCGAAACUCUAACCUAGGACGCAUGACCUGGACAUGGUGCAAUGCAAAGAGGCAAUUAGAGGAGAUGACUAGGUACGCCACAGACUAGCAGUCUCCUUUCUGGCGUCUUAUGCAUUGUUCCCGGCUGGGUGGCUGGCCUUCUAGGAGGAAAUUCGAAGGGACAAUAGGAAGCGAAUAAUCUCGCGAGGGUGCCAAACAUGGCGUCCAGAGCGAGGGUGGGAGGGGCAUUCCAUUGACAAUCCUUCUAGAAGGCCCACAAUAGCCUUCUUUGUGGCUUGCUGAAUGACCCUGUGGUGUGCGGCUCUGGCUGUUGAUUGGGAGGCGCCAGGCUGUAGUACACCCAGGGUGAUGAAACAGGCUUGGGAGCCCGACAGAGGCUGGAGUGAGCCACCGCCUUUGCGACGUGAGUGAGUAAUUAUUAGCACAGAGGGUGAUUGCAGCUGACUUUUGAGCGUAGCCUCAUUGCUGGCUUAUUUUCCUCUGUUCUCUUUGGGCCUUCUCCGGCUCUCCAUCAGCGAUAACCGGACACGAGAAGCCAAAUCUGGCUGCCACGCGGCGUAUCGGGAUUCCAUCAAGUCACGCCCUUGCUAGCCGAACGCUAUGCUCAGCCGGGUUUGCCGAGAGAACUCCAUUCUGAAGCGAAGAAUAUUACCACAAAAAUGCCAGUGGAGUUGACAGGCCCAAUGUAGAUUGUUGGCCAGCGCUCAAUGACCCCGGAGGCGCCGCUUUAUCCACUUUGGAAAGGUGAAGCAGCGAGACAUGGCUGGAGGUGGGUGGAGGGGGAUGCGCAUCGCCUGGCGUUGUGGUGGACAAUAGGUGGGUGGCAAGGGUAGCAUUUUGGGCGAUGCCACAUCGAUGCGGGAUGGCUGGCCGACGUUGUCGGGCACUAAACUACAAUCGAAGAUGUCUAGCCUUUGAUGUGUGCAUUGUCAAAAGUGGUGGAGAAUUUUAGCAAUGAGGGAUUAUUUCCUUUGGUGCCUAUUUUCGCACUGCCAUGACACUGCGCCGCCAGUGCCAGAAGUACCAGGCGUGCCAGCUGGCAGCACCAGCCAACUUUCACCGACUACCCCAUCUGCCUCUGCCUUUGACCUUUCAACAAAGCACAAACCUUGAAGCAACAUGAUUGCCUCUCCACACCACCGCCCGCCCCCGCGCGAAUCCAAAGGGGUCCAUCUGGUUGACCCCGCCGUACGUGGGCCUGUGCGACGAUGAAUACAAAACGACAAUAGGAAGAGCGGUCGUCGGCUGCCGCGACGCGACCAUGAGCCCGGAUCGCCAUGGCUACACAAGCUCCAUUCCAGGCGCCGUGCAGGAGCAUCUCCUAGGAACCCGUCCUUGGUGCUACGCCCGCGGAGCCCUGCGCAGCGUCUGGAUCGCCGUGUACCCCAACGACCAAGGGAUCUUAGUGGCGUACCUCGCCAAUGCAGGGAAGAGGGAGUCAUUGAUAGACGCAACUGGGACAUGCAAGCUGCGCUAGAGUGAUAUUCAAAGACGGCCAAUGGAAAGCUAGUUUGAUCUAUUCUAGUGACCGUUGAGAUAGGCUCGCCGGCAAGACGCGUCGCCGGAGCGAAUCAGAGAGCUGCUUGUCCCUCCACGGACCACAACGGCCAGAACAGUCGACUGUACCCAGGCAAACAUAGGCGUCCCGUCAACUUUGUACUGUACUUGGGCCUUUGUACCGGUACAUCUGUAUGGCGCACUGCCCCUCUGGAAAACGGUCCCGCGGAGUUUAACCUUGUGCACAUCUCCCGCAUCCACGGAUAGGCCACCCGGUAUGCCAUUGAUGAUGAGUGUUUGCUUUGAGUACAAGCUGUUGGGUCACUGAUUGAUAGCAGAGGAGACCCGAAGAGAUUCGGGAUUUUAUCUGGCAGCGGGCGUAGUGUUGUAUUAGAGAGCCAUGGACAAUGCACCCGAUGCGUUGGUUUCCAAUCCCGUGAGUUUAUGAACGAGUGAGGGAAUUCUAACAAUAGGUUGAACGUAUACAGUUUGGAGAGCAGCACCAGAAUAGACCCCAUGAGCAUUAGCCAGCUCCCUUAUCUGCGGAUUUUCGUCUUACAUGCGGUGAGCGGUGUAAUACCUUAACUAUACAAAGGAUCUACAGUAUAUGCACUCUUAAUCGGAAAUUUAAUCUUUACCGAUCGGGGGCUUUCAGAAGCGCUACGGGCUGGGCAUCCCACCUACACGCUCCAAAACUCGCCGGUCGGGGGUCAUGAUCUUGCACUAGUGGCGACUUACAACAAGAGACUCUUGCGCUAGCUGUAGGAUAAAAGUAGAUUCUUGGAAGCUCAAAGUCGAGCGCAGAUCUCCGGCAGAAUGAAGCGGCGAAUAAUUAUGUAUAUAAACUGUAGCUCGUUAUUCUCGUGGCCGAUGGGUCGUAUCUUCCCUGUGCCUCGUCUACGUACUUACCAAGAAGAACAAAACUCAAUGGACACAACUCAAGAUACGCUAUCGGCAGUAAUGAUCUACUCUGCUUUCCUAUGCCUUUCUGGCCUUUUUGUCCUCUAUCGGCUGGCCCUGCCCCGACCCUUCCCCGGUAUCCCAUACAAUGCAGCAUCCGCCAACAGGAUCAUGGGGGACCUACCCGAAUUCGAGAAGCGACAGAAGCGCGGACUAACAGCAAAAUCACUUUGGUCAUCCAUUGCUUUAGAGGCGGGAUCUCCCAUUGCCCAAUCCUUCAUGAUGCCGUUUACGCGACCGUGGAUCAUCAUAGCCGACUACGGCGAAGUGAAAGACCUGCUGCUGCGCAGAGCACGCGAUCUUGGACGCGGCAGCAUAAAUACCCAGGUUUGGGGAGGGUUGGUGCCAGAACACUUCAUCGCCAUGGAAGAGCACGACGCACGGUAUAAGGGUGUGAAGAGUUUGGUCCAGGACUUGAUGACGCCCAAGUUUAUACACAGUGCCAGCGCACCUGCAUCAUAUGCAGUGGCAACAGAAUUCAUCGACUUGUGGAAGGCCAAGGCUAAUAAGGCUGAUGCGCUGCCGUUUGAUGCUGACCACGACUUGGGCCGCCUUACCUUCGCUGUAAUCCAUGCGGCUGCAUUUGGUCAAUCAUUUGGUGAUAGAACAGACUUUUCCAAAGAAGCCCAGUCUAUCUCUCUAGCCAUGGCAGGUGGACCAGUUGCCAGUUUCGCCUCUAUACAGAAUCCUCGACUGCUCACAGCCAUGGGUAUUAUAGGGAGCGCUGCCUCGGAGUGCUACAAGCAGCCGCUCCGAAAACUGUUCCAUCUUUUCAACAAUACCCGUCCAGUUGUUUACGAAGCAUUCCAGACCAGGACAGCUGCCAUCACACCGUAUAUACAGGCGUCCUUGCGCAAAAUCGCGGCGGAUGGGGACUCCUGUGAGCCUGCAUCUGGUAUAGACUACAUACUUCUGAGAGAGCGACGCGCUGCAGAGGCCAGUCGUCGAGAUGCAGUGUACGACUCUCCAACAAUCAUCAACAGCGUGUUUGGCUAUCUGUUGGGUGGACAAGACUCUACGCACAGCACCCUCUGCUUUCUUGUCAAGCACCUUUCCAACCUACAGACGACUCAACGCAAGCUCCGUGAUGCGCUACAUCAAGCGUACCCAGUCCCCCUGGCGAAUAAUGAAAGCCCAGACCUUGACGCCAUCAUCAAAACUAACGUGCCAUACCUUGAUGCAUUCAUCCAGGAAGUGCUCCGGAUAUCCAACCCCAUCGCCUUCAUUGCAAAGGAAACACUGUGCGAUAUGGAGAUUCUCGGCCACCACAUCCCGAGAGGCACCACGUUGAUGUUAAGCACAUCAGGGCCUACGAUGACACAAAAAGGUGUCCGAGUCGAUGAGAAGCGACGCAGCACUACCUAUAAGGAGCAAGAGGCUGUUAUGGACUGGGGCGAGAGCGACUUUGCACCCAACGAAUUCCACGCAGAGAGGUGGUUACGCGCAGAUCCUGAUACGGGUCGCCAGGUCUAUGACAGCGCCGCUGGGCCGUUUCUGAGUUUUAGCAACGGACCGCGAACCUGCUGGGGCAAGCGGCUGGCGCUUAUGGAGCUGAAGCUGAUUGUGACGCUUCUGGUAUGGACCUUUGAGUUCCGUGAGAUCCCCCAGGAAUUUCAAGAUGACACCAUUUUGGAUGGGCUCUUUAUGAAACCACAGAUAUGCUACGUCCACCUUGCGCCAGUCUUUCCCAGGACGUAA